CAAAUUGACAAUGACAUUUAGACAUUCGUGGAAAAUAAGAUAAAUUUGUAUGUUAUUUAUUUGUUCAAUAACAUAAUAAUUCAGCUGUAAAAAUGUUUGAUCAUGUACAGAUAGUCAAACAUAAUUUAUAGUUGAUUAUUAUAUACUGCAAAACAGUAAAGUAUGUCGUGUACCGAGCACGUCCUGAGGGUGCGCAAGCUGUAUAAGUUGAUAUUCCGUCUUCAUCGAGGCAUGCCUGCGGAGUUGCGGGUGUUAGGCGACAAUUAUGCGCGUGACGAAUUCAAAAGACACAAAAAUUGUGGUACAGAGGAGGCACGGAUAUUCUUGAAUGAAUGGACUGAUUAUGCUAUAAACUUAGCAAAACAAAUGAAGCCAAUGCAGCAAGCCAAGAGAAAAAUAUUAGGUAAAUACUUAGAUCCUGAGUUACUUGAUCACAUGUCGGACGAUCAAAUUGUUCAGUUGUAUGAAUUACACAAAGCUGCCUCUUCAGAAUCAGCAGAUGAACACUCAAGUAGUAAGGAUAAAUGACUGUAAUAGAUAUAAAUAUUAGAAAUAUUAGAUAAGCUUUAGUUAAAUAAAUUAUGUUAGAUUAGAUACAAAUUUAACUAGUAAAAUUUUAUUUAUUUUAUCAUAUGUGGAUUUUCACUUUAUAAAUGAAAUUGCCGCUCUGUAGUAUUUUAGUAUUACUGAUAUUGAAUCCUUUUGGCUUUUUAUAGUUUGUGUAAUAUAAAUAUUUUGACUUAUUUGGAAAAUGCAUAAU